GACACAGGUCCUGAAGAUGGGGAGGAGGAAUCCAUGUUAGAAUAUAAGAGACAGAAAACAUAUAUAUUAUGAAUGAGCCUUCAAAGACCACUCAUAGCGAAAUAAGAAAAAAGAGAGAGAGGGAGAGAGAGAGCGAGUGAGUGCGUGAGAGAAAUCGAGCACAAUGGCCAGAGCACUGAAGAUGAGCCAAGUUUGUGGAGAUCCUUAUGAGGUUGUGAGGCUGAUCCACGUAGAAAAGCCGAAACCAGGUCCAGGCCCCGGAACAGAGAAUGGUGUCAUUCCUGGAACCGAAGGAUUCGGUUUAGUCGAGGAGGUGGGAGAAGGUGUGACCGGGUUUUCUAUUGGUCAGAGGGUGGUGCCUUGUCUAUACGCCAAGUAUCUGUCUACGGGAACGCAAGGUGCAUGGCAAGACUAUGUAGUUGUUCAGGAAGAGGAAGUUUACGCGAUUUCUGAUUCUAUCAGUGAUGAGACAGCAGCUCAGCUUGUGGCUAAUCCGUGGACUGCUUACGUGCUGUUGAAGACCAUUGCUGCACCAAAGGGGGAAUACGUCAUCUCAACGGCGGCCGGUUCUGUUGUAGGCAGGUAAAGUCCAAUUUCCUUAGAUCUGGACGAUCUAACUCUCAGUACUACCAACUUCUGAUUGUAUUCUCUCUGGUUUGAACACACGCUUUGAAUGCAUUAAUAUUGCGCAUUAUGAUGGGGUCUUCCCAUCUCUUUUGCUAUAUUAAUUUGUCCACCCAGUUUUCCGCAGUGUAAGAAGUUGGAAGCUUCAUCGAGUUAGCUUUGAUAU